GGAUCCAAAUGUCACCCCCCUCGGACUCUGCCCCGUCGGGGACCAGCAGUGUGUGACGGACAGGAGAGUGGAGCCUGUGGUGGGUCUCUGCUGCGUGGCUUCAAUUUGGCUCCGGCUGGGCUCUGCGUGGAGCUGCGAGUGAAGAGGGCUGCUAUGGUCUGAUGUCUCGGCAUGGAUGGAGUCAGUCAGAGGACUGGCCGCCACUAAUGAGACCAUCGCUCUUCAACUGAGACCACCGUUUACAGGGGGGAUUACUCUCUGGCUCCUUGUUCUCUGCCCUUUGAACUGAACAUCAUUACCAAACUCUCAUAGGAGGACAUUUUGGGGUCUACUUUCUUUCGUGGAUAAAUAUAUAUAUAUAUGCAUAUAAAUAUUUAUAUGUGUAUACAUACACACUUCAUUGCCUUUCUGGUUUGCUAUUUCUCUGAUUUCCUCACAGUUCCUUUUUUUUUCACAAUGGAGUUUCUGGUCGGACAUUGGAAUAAAGAUUGGGCCUCGUUCGUACAGUUUUGGUUGACAGUCAUCCUAAGCCUCCAAAUCAAUCAGCCCGGGUGCCACCUGCCGGACGAGUGUCGUUGUGACAAAACCUUUGUGUACUGCAAUGAACGCAGCUUGACAUCUGUGCUCUGGGGGUCCAGGAGGGCUUCCAAAGUCCUUUACCUUCAUAACAACCAGAUCAACAAUGCCGGCUUCCCCUUGGAGCUUCACAAUGUAGCCUCCGUUGAGAUUGUUUUUCUCUAUGGGAACCAGCUGGAUGAGUUCCCUGUCAACCUGCCCAAAAACACCAGGGUAUUGCACCUCCAGGAGAACAAUAUCCAGACUAUCUCCAGGAUGGCUGGCUCAGUUGACCGGCUGGAGGAGUUGCAUCUCGACGACAACUCCAUCUCCACUGUGGGUGUGGAAGAAGGGGCGUUCAGGGAGGCUGUCAGCCUCAAACUCCUCUUCCUCACCAAGAACCACCUGAGCAGCGUUCCCAUCGGUCUACCCGAGGAUCUGAAGGAGCUGCGGUUGGACGAGAACCGCAUUGCAGUCAUCGCUGAGGAGGCCUUUCAGAAUGUGACUCGGCUGCAGCGCCUCCUGCUGGAUGGCAACCUGCUGACAGAUGAUGGCAUUGCACCCGGGACCUUCCAGGACCUGGUAAACCUCCAUGAGCUGGCCCUGGCCCGCAAUUCGCUCACCUUCCCGCCCCCGACUCUGCCCAGCCAGUCCAUGGUCAAACUUAGUCUGCAGGAAAACCAGAUAGAUCAGAUCCCUGUGGCAGCUUUUUCUAAUCUCCACAAGCUGGAGAGACUGGAUCUCUCUACCAACCAGCUGCAGAACCUCACACUGGGUGUGUUUGAUGUGGUGAGCCUAAAGCAGCUCACAGUGCGAAACAACCCCUGGCGCUGCAACUGUGCCAUGAAGUGGGUGGUGAUGUUGCUUAAGUCACUGCGCACCUCCCUCAACGUCCGAGGGCUCAUGUGCCUGAGUCCGGAGAAGGUGCGCGGCAUGGCAAUCAGAGAGCUCACCCCGGAUGUUAUCCAGUGUCCGGCUGGCACUGAGCAGUCACCCUGGCCCCCUCCCCACUCCACAACCCAUCUCUUGCCCAUCACUUCCACCCCUGUCACCACCCUCAUAACCACCUCCACCCCUUUCUUCUUCAAUUCACCCUCCCCUCCCGCUCCCCCGCUUCACAACUACCCUUCUGGGCCCCUGCCCCCUUACGAGGACCCCCUCCGGAUGUCCUUCCACGUGGUCAAUUCCACUUGUAUCGAAGUGAGCUGGGCCUCCUAUUUUACGGUCACAGCCUACAAGGUCACCUGGGUCAAAAUGGGUCAGAGUCUGAUGAGUGAUGUGACCCGGGAGCGGACGGUGAGCGGGGACCAACGCCACCUCAGCCUCACCAACCUAGAACCUCGGUCCGUCUACCGGAUCUGCAUUUAUGUGCUGGACACCCUGAAUUUCCACAGGCCCGGUGAGGAUACAAUAUGCUCAGAGGCCAGGACCAAGUCGGCCUCCAAUAAUAAGUCCAAUGGCUCAGAGCAGACGUCCCAGCAGGACAUCAACUCCACGCUGCUCCUGGCCGGUAUUAUAGGCGGGGCGGUGCUUAUCGUUCUGGUAACUCUGCUCAGCCUGUUCUGCUGGCAUAUGCACAAGAAGAGCCGGUCAGCCUCGACCAAAUGGAAAUACAACCGGGGCAGGAGAAAAGACGACUACUGUGAGGCCGGCACCAAGAAGGAUAACUCCAUUCUGGAGAUGACUGAGACCAGUUUCCAGAUAGUGUCACUGAACAAUGAGCAGCUGCUCAAAGGAGAUUUCCGGAUUCAGCCCAUCUACACACCCAACGGGGGCAUUGGAUUUAGGGACUGUCACCUCAGUAACAACAGCAUAGCUUACUGCAAGAGCAGCAAUGUGCCCAGUACAGAGUUCUGCCACACGUGAUGCAGCGGCAAACACUGCAGAGGCAUUCAUACACACACAACACACACACACACAACACACACACACACACACACACACAAAAGUACACACCCACACUGUUUGUGUAGACGAAAACAUUUUAAAAAAAAUCUAGUGAAAUAUAACUGUAUCAUAUAUAUUUCCAAGUUCUGUCUACAAUGUAAUUUAUACUGUGGAUAAUAAUGUGGAA